AGUUGGAAAAUUGAAUCAUGGCAACAGUUAUAAGGCCUUGAGUUUCCAGUGAUAUUUUAUUUGUGCAUUUAGAUAUGGUUGAAUCAUGGCAACAGUUAGAAAGCCUUGAGUUUCCAAUGAUAUUUUAUUUGUGUAUUUAAUUGGAUUUGAUUGAAUCAUGGCAACAGUUAGAAGGCCUUGAGUUUCCAAUGAUAUUUUAUUUGUUAUGCAGAUUUGGUUGGCACUUUUUUGCAUUAUUUCUUUCCUUUUUUGUGGUCCUAUGGCUGUGGAUAGCAUAAUUUAAUAUUAAUUUCCCCUUAUAGUGUGUGGGCAGUUUGUCUUGGCAGCACACUACCUGGUCACAUGAAGUCUAAUCCUCAAUCCCCCAAAAACCCCUCUUUAACAAUUGGCUGAAUCCAAUCCUGUCGGCAAAAGAAUAUUUCUUUUUCCAUGUUUUCUUGAUUUUCCCUUGUGGGUUUGCUGCAAAAAUCAGUUCUUGAUGGAUUUAUAUGUCAGAAUAUGAUGUGAUUGAAUUGAUCUUGUAUGGAAACAUCACUACUUGUUUACAAAAAAUUGGGGGUUUUGGUGUUGUUUGAGAGAAUUUUUGUUUGUUGAAACUGAGAGAAGCUGAGUUUGUGGGGAAAAUGGAAAACAAGUGCAAGGGCAUAGUGUGGUUUAGGAGGGAUUUGAUGUGAUUGAAUUGAUUUUGUAUGGAAACAUCACUACUUGUUUACCAAAAAUUGGGGGUUUUGGUGUUGUUUGAGAGAAUUUUUGUUUGUAGAAUCUGAGAGAAGCUGAAUUUGUGGGGGAAAUGGAAAACAAGUGCAAGAGCAUAGUGUGGUUUAGGAGGGAUUUGAGGAUUGAAGACAAUCCAGCUUUAGCAGCUGUUUCAAGGGAUGAGAGUGUGUUACCUGUUUUCAUAUGGUGCCCUAAGGAGGAAGGCCCAUAUCACCCCGGCCGAGUUUCGAGGUGGUGGCUCAAGCACUCCCUUAUUCAUCUGCAGCAGUCACUCAGAUCUCUUGGUGCAGACCUCGUCGUGAUCAAAGCCGAGAGCACCCUCUCUGCUCUCUUAGACUGCAUCAGCGUUGUCGGGGCAACCAAAGUCGUGUAUAACCAUCUUUAUGAUCCAAUUUCACUUGUUCGUGAUCAUAAUAUUAAGCAGAAGUUGGUUGAACUUGGCAUUGAUGUGCAAAGCUAUAACGGCGAGCUACUGUUUGAGCCGUGGGAAGUGUAUGAUGACGAUGAACAAGCGUUUACAACCUUCAACGCAUACUGGGAGAAAUGCAUGAACACGCAGAAAGAGCCUGCUUCGCAUCUUCCACCGUGGCGUUUGGCUCUCGCUGAAGGGGCGGGGAAGAACACCUCGAUCGAGGCACUGGACCUUGAAAACGAAUCAGAAAAGCCGAGUAACGCCUUACUGGGGCGAGGGUGGUCACCCGGUUGGAGCAGUGCCGACAAGACUUUCAGUGAGUUCGUUGAACACCAUCUGCUUAACUACUCGAGAGACAGGCUAAGGGUCGGGGGAAACUCCACGUCCCUUCUGUCUCCGUAUCUGCACUUCGGGGAGCUCAGCAUUAGGAAAGUGUUUCAGAGCGUGCGAAUGAAGCAGUUCGUUUGGAGAAACGAGCAAAACACGCAAGGAGAAGAGAGCGCAGCGCUCUUCCUUAGGGCCAUCGGCCUCAGAGAGUAUUCUCGUUACAUCUGUUUCAAUUUCCCGUUCACCCACGAGAGGUCGCUGCUCAGCAGCCUCCAGUAUUUCCCAUGGGACACCAACCAGGCCCAUUUCAAGGCCUGGAGACAGGGCCGGACGGGCUACCCGCUCGUGGAUGCAGGAAUGAGAGAGCUGUGGGCGACCGGAUGGAUUCACAACCGGAUUAGGAUAAUUGUCUCGAGCUUCUUCGUGAAGUUUCUUAUUCUGCCAUGGCAAUGGGGCAUGAAGUAUUUCUGGGACACACUUCUUGAUGCAGACUUGGAAAGCGAUAUCCUCGGCUGGCAAUACAUUUCCGGCAGCUUGCCCGAUGGCCACGAGCUCGAGCGUAUGGAUAGCCCACAGGUGCAGGGGUUCAAAUUCGACCCGGAGGGCGAAUACGUGAGGCAGUGGCUGCCGGAAUUAGCACGGAUGCCGGCCGAGUGGAUCCAUCAUCCGUGGGAUGCUCCUCCGUCCGUGCUCAGAUCCGCAGGCGUGGACCUCGGAUCAAACUACCCGAGGCCUAUAAUUGAUGUCGAGCUAGCCAGGGAUAGGCUGACCGAGGCCAUAGCAGUCAUGCGCGGGAAAGAAGCAGCAGCAACGAGCAAUGGCACGGAUGAAGUGGUGUUCGACAACUCCGAGCCCCACGAGAAACCGGCUGUGGCCAAGGCAGCGAAGAACCCCUGUCCGGCUAGCUCGUCUCACGACCAAAGGGUCCCAUCGAUGAGGAACUCCAAAAGCGCGAUUCAGAAUAGGAAACGGGUGUUGGAAGAUAACUUGAACAGCUGCAACGUCGGCACUCAGGCGGCGAAAAUGGACGAUGACUUGUGCUCUACAGCUGAAUCUUCUUCAUCGAAGAAAGCCAUGACAAACAGCAGAGUUUCCUUCUCUGUUCCUCGGAACUGCUCUUCGAUGUCGACUGGCGCCCCGUGUCCGGUCCCCGACUCGUCCGACCACAAUUACAGUUGGCAGGAAGAGGUCGGAAGGGAGGAGAUGUCGAGCAAAAACGGGAAACAGAUGCUUCAUGAAGAGAAAAGCUCAUCGCUCAAUCUCUGAGUGUGAGGGCAUAUAUGCUGUGGCUGUAACAGAAUGAGAGAUUCUUUGCAUCUCUUGUAGAGUAGUAGUUGGUAUCUGUAACAUAUUUUUCAUUCUUCUCAGUGUUGGUGAAAGAGUAGUUAUCUUUCCUUUUGAGAAAAGCGAAAGAGUAGUUAUAGAAGUUUGUUCUUGUAUGUUCUCUCCUUCCCACAUACAUAAAACCAACAUAACUUUAUCCUUUGUUUGCUUAAUUAUAUACUCUAUUUUGAUAAA